AUGCAAAAAGUGUAUUUUUAAAGCGGAUUGAGAAAAGAAAAGUUUGAAGCAGUGCUCCCAUCUUAAAGCAGCAAAUUAAAAGAUUUAAAAAAUAUCAUUAGUUAGAAACUCAGAAUAAAGCCUCAUUUAUUUUCCGUAGAAAUGAAUGAUAAAAAUUUUACGGAUGAGAAUGAAAUAAUCGAUACCAAAGAAUUAUAUUAAGUAAAUGUAAUGCCUUAAGUUAAAUUUUAUGAAUUUUCAGUCGCCAAUGCUGGAGGCAAAUUCUUUAUCAGCUUUUUAGAGGAAAAUGAUUUAUUAGAAGACUUAAUAGAAUAAGUCAAUUAUUUUCUAACUUAAGGUUUAAAAGAACAAUUUGACACUUAUGAUUUAUAUUUAAUUUCUAAUAAUUAAAGCGUUUUAAUAGAUUAUCAAAACAAAAAAAAAUCGGCUAUUGGAGAACUCUUUAAUGAACCAUAAAUCAACCUCCAAAUUAAAUUAAUUCAUGAAGUUUGGACAUUAAAAAUAAUCGAUAAUUUUUUAAAUAACAAAGAUAGAGAAAUUGAAAUUAACAGAAAUAAAACCUUAUUAGAUUUGAAGGAGGCAAUAUCGCCCAAUUUAAAGAAUUUUUCAUUUAUGAUUGAUGGGAAAUAACAACAAUAUUAUAGUUUUGAUGAAAGAUAAGUCAAGGAAUCAUGGUUCAAGUUCAAGAAUGAGAAAAAUGAUUCUAUUUCGCUCAUUAAUUUGAGCAAUUAAUAGCAAAAUUUUAUUAAUUCAUUUAGUUUUAUUCUUUAAUCUUUAUUUACUUUGUAUUUUUACUAAUUAAUAUCUAUUUUAUUAUUUUUAAUAUCCUCAAUAUUUAUUCCUGAUACUUGUGUUUAGGAUUCUAAAGUACAGUAAAGAUAAUUCCAAAAAAAUAAAUUACAGAUCCAGACAAUUUUAAGAGAUCAAUUUAACUCAUGCAAAAUUUAGAUCAUCGGAAUAAAGUCAAAUUGUUUGAAAGUUUCAAAGAUUCAGACAAUAUUUAUUUAGGAAGUAGAAAUAUAUAAUUAAUUAUUAUAAAGACUCUGUGCAGGAGGAAGCUUGUUUGAAAUGGUGACCAAGAAAGAUCAAUUUACAGAAAAAGAAGAUUAAAAAUAUUUUUAUAAAUCAUGCAAGCCAUUUAUUGCUGCUGCAACCAAGGGAUAUAUCAUCGAGAUAUUAAACCAGAACACUUGCUAUUCCUAGAUUAAACCCCCAAUUUCACAAUAAAAGUCAUAGGUUUUGAUGCUUGGUAUAUUUUAAAUAAUAAUCAAUAAAAAACAUUCGAUGGCAAGAAACAAAUAAAAUCAUAGGCAGAAACACCUCACUAUAUAGCUCCAGAAGUUUUAGAUGGAAUAUGAUGAACUCAGUGAUGUUUAGUCAGUUGGGGUGAUUUUGUACAUUUUAUUGGCUGGUACUCUUAAUUUCAACUUAACAAUUGAUUCAGAUAUCUUAAAUGUUGUUAAAUCUUGUAAAUAUAGAGUAGAUCUUCCUGAAUUCAAAGAAGUUUCAAAUGACUGCAAUGAUAUGAUAUAAAAAAGUCAAACCAAAUUUGAUCAAAGAUUAAAAGCCUAAUAAGCAUUAAAUCAUUGUUGGUUGAUUCCACUUGAAAUUUGA